AUGACUGAAAUGGAAAACCAGAAGCAUCAAGAGGUUGUGGAAGCUGUACAGGCAGCCCUGCGGAGACACGAUGUGCAGCUCAAUGAUAUUAAUAAGAAGAUCUUUGAUGACCCAGAGCUCGCAUAUGAAGAAUUCCAUGCACAUGACAACAUCUGUACUCUUUUUACCUCGCUUUCGGCAGAUGGCUAUAGAGUUCGCCCUGGCGGUCGCACUGUGGUUUUUUGUGCCGAAUAUGAUGCUCUUCCUAACAUGGGCCACGCCUGCGGUCACAAUCUCAUUGCUACAAGCUCCAUUGCUGCUUUUAUCGCGACAUGCGAAGCCAUGAGAAGCUGUUUCCCAGAUAGCACAGAUUAUACACUUCGCCUCCUUGGAACACCUGCUGAAGAAGGAGGUGGCGGGAAAGUCAAGCUUCUCAAUGCUGGUGCCUAUAAAUCUGUUGAUGCCGCCUUAAUGGUCCACCCAAUGCCAACUUCUAAGGAGCUUCCCUUUGACGGUGUUGCAGCCAUUCCUCCUGGCGAUUUUCUGGCGACCCGAGGAUUCCGGAUUACAUUUACUGGCAAGCCUUCCCAUGCGGCCAUGGCCCCUUGGGAAGGCAUCAAUGCAUUGGAUGCUGCUGUUAGCGCCUACGUCAAUCUCUCGGUUCUUCGGCAGCAACUCCUACCCACUCAGCGGCUGCAUGGCAUCAUUACUCAUGGCGGAGAUAGGGCCAAUGUAAUUCCGCCGAGAGCUGUUAUGGAAUAUUAUAUUCGCUCCCUGGAUGCCGAAAGCCUGCAAACCCUUUUUGAGAGGGUCAAAGCAUGUUUUGAAGCAGCUGCCACUUCUACGGGUUGCAAAGUGGAAUAUGAAGAUUUGCACAACUAUCUCGAUGUGAAAUCAAACAUGCCUAUCUGCGAAAAGUAUGCGGAUGCUAUGAAGAAGGUUGGUCGGAAUGUCUGGGUCGGAGGCGGGAAUACACUUUUGUCCACUGGGGCUUCGACAGAUAUGGGAAAUGUAUCUUACGCUAUCCCAUCCUUCCAUGGAGUUUUCUCAGUCCCCGGAACAGCACCGAACCAUACCCCUGAGUUUACAGCGUCUGCUGGGAAUCCUGAGGCAUACCAGAGAUGUAUAGACUGCGGGGCUGGAAUGGCUGUUGUGGCCUGUCAGAUCUUGGCUGACGAUCAAUUUGCCGCGUCUAUUAAGGAUGAUUUCAAGCAGAAUGUUCCCCAACCAUCAAGCUGA